AUGUCGUACAAGGCGAUCUCGGUUUUCUUUUUGGGACUGGCAUUUCUUACGGUCUUCGCGACAGAGGCGCACUGCUUCUCAUGGAGACCACGACCAGCGGAUGAUCAUCAGGUUACACUCCAGCACCCACAGCGCAGUAGUGAUAACAGCGCCCUGCUCAACAAACAAUCGGAGAAGAGGCUAUCCAAUGUCUACACUACCGCACUUCAAGAACUUCAAGACCUAGAGUCUGAACCUCUUUGCCAUCGCAUCGCUGCACGUCUGCUAGUCAACAACUGUCACCUCCUGGAUGGUCAAGACGAUGCCAAGGUCCAUAUUGAUAGCGGAAGAGCAGCUCGAGACUUUGUGGAUUCGUAUGCAGCAAGCCUUGCUAUUUGCGACUUGGAGCGCGGUAGUUUCAGAAUUCCUGUAUCCUGCUCCAAGUUUCGAGAGUCAACCUUAGCUACCCUUUCUACUCCAGCUAUCCCACAACUCCAUGUUUCGACCGUUGAGAUUGAUGAGUGUCUCGAGGGCCUUGCUCAGUCAGACUCGGCUUGGAAUACAUGGGUGAGCUAUCGUCACAAAUCGUUGAGGUUCUGCGAUGCCGCAAGGGCAGAUCACCAGAAAGAUGAGAACAUCCUCCUUUAUCAGAGAAUCACGAAAAUUCUCGAGAAACUCACCAGUGACGUUGAGGCAGACAUGGAGGAACGGUUCCAUUCACUCAAUCGAGCCUAUACUGCCGCAAGUCAGUCUGUUGAAGACAUUGGGCCUCAUGUUCGACAUCUCCGGACUGAAAUGGAAAGAGCUAGUCAAAUUCUACGAGACGACUUGGGUCGCGCUGCUCAGCAGGAUUCGCGCGAUAUCGUGGAAAAUGGCCUCAAAGAAACGAAAGUGCUCCACGAUCUUUUAGAGCUUCUUGCUCACUCAAUUCAAGAGAAGACUGCAGACAUUGUUUCAUCACAAGAGGUGGCACUCCAAGCAAGCGCGAAGCAGCUAAGUAACGAGGCCGAUAUUCUUAUGGCAGUACUGUCCGCAGCAGUCUCGUCGUCCGUUUCCCUUCAAAAUCAGGUGGUGAUGCCAGUUACCAUCCUUGAGUAUUAUGUUAACCAGCUGAAGGGCAUGGGAAAACUCGAAGAACUCGCCGAAGACUUGCUGGUCAAGUACGACGACCAUGAAUCCCGCCUUGACAAAGCCUUUCGAAAGACCGGCCAGGUCCUGGACAUACUUGACGCAACUUCUGCAUCCGCCACUGGACUGCAAAGCUCUGUUUUCGGCAGCUUUGGGCUUUCGGGAGUUUGGCCGUACAUUAUUUGCCCAUUUUUGUCACUUGCAAUGGGAUCUUAUGGUCUCCAACCUUCCCUUGUGAGAAACAUAUGGCUCGUCGGGUUUGGCGAGCUGAUGGGAAUGAUUGUGUCAAAAGCAGAUUCUUACAAAGAUGCUUUUGGUUUUGCAUCGAUGGUCGAAACCUCUGAUUCAACCAUCAACGACACGUUCAACACCUCCAUCUCGGGAAAGAACAUUCUCAAAAGCAUUUGA